AUGUCCUACACCCAGUACCACAUCCCUGAUGACUCCUUCGAUACCUGGUUCCAAGAGCUCCUCACCGCCACCCCAAUUCCUCCUACUGAUCUCGACAUCGCCACAAUCCGUCGUGUUUGUUCUCACAUGACAGAUAGAGACGUGCUUCGAAUCGUCUUGCUGGCAAGAUACCACCCGAAGUACCAGACCGAUUUCCAUGGGUGGCGAGUGCGAGUCUCGACUUGCAGCAAUCGAGAGGCAAAGUAUUUAGUCAAUUGCUUGAGGUUCGAGUACUACCGGGAGAAGACAAUGGAGGCGUUGAAUCUCCAGGAGACGGCGAGGGAAGAGGGAGAAAGGAGAAGAGCUGAGCGGGUUGCUGAUCAACAGCAGGAACAGCAGCAGGAACAGCAGCAGGCUGAUGAGGAUGCUUGA